CGCGCCUAAUUCAGGUUAUCUGCUUGCGGUGUUCUUGUUCUGGUGUUCUCCUGAGGUGGAGAUGGCCCGUGGUCUUGCUGGUGACCUCUGAGUCCAGGUUGGGAAUUUGGAAUCGGGUGACUUUUCUGACAUACCUGAACAGAGAACCCCAGGGUACUUGGAGAGGAACCUGGUCCCAGCGGAACUCUACCAUAAAAAUGAGUCCCAUAGAGCCACCAGACGAUGAAGACACAUUUAAAAUCCUGGUUGCCACCGAUAUUCAUCUUGGAUUUAUGGAGAAAGAUGCAGUUAGAGGAAAUGAUACAUUUGUGACACUUGAUGAAAUUUUAAGACUUGCCCUGGAAAAUGAAGUGGAUUUUAUUUUGUUAGGUGGUGAUCUUUUCCAUGAGAACAAACCCUCGAGAAAAACCCUGCACAGCUGCUUGGAGUUGCUUAGAAAGUACUGUAUGGGUGAUCGCCCUGUGCAGUUUGAGAUCAUCAGUGACCAGUCAGUCAACUUUGGUUUUAGUAAGUUUCCAUGGGUGAACUACCAGGAUGGCAACCUCAACAUUUCCAUUCCAGUGUUUAGUAUCCACGGCAACCAUGAUGAUCCCACAGGGGCAGAUGCCCUCUGUGCCCUGGAUAUUUUAAGCUGUGCUGGGUUUGUUAAUCACUUUGGACGAUCAACAUCUCUGGAGAAGAUUGACAUUAGUCCGGUUCUGCUUCAGAAAGGAAACACAAAACUCGCUCUAUACGGCUUAGGGUCCAUUCCAGAUGAAAGGCUCUAUCGGAUGUUUGUCAAUAAAAAAGUAACAAUGCUGAGACCAAAGGAAGAUGAGAACUCAUGGUUUAACUUAUUUGUGAUUCAUCAGAACAGGAGUAAACAUGGAAAUACCAACUUUAUCCCAGAGCAAUUUUUGGAUGACUUCAUCGACCUCGUUAUCUGGGGUCAUGAACAUGAGUGUAAAAUUGCCCCAACCAAAAAUGAGCAGCAGCUCUUCUAUGUGUCUCAGCCAGGAAGCUCGGUGGUGACCUCCCUUUCCCCUGGAGAAACUGUGAAGAAGCAUGUGGGCUUGCUGCACAUCAAAGGGAGGAAGAUGAAAAUGCAGAAGCUGCCUCUCCGCACUGUGCGGCAGUUCUUCAUGGAGGAUGUGGUUCUGGCUAACCACCCAAGCCUCUUCAACCCCGACAAUCCUAAGGUGACCCAGGCCAUCCAGAGCUUCUGUUUGGAGAAGAUUGAAGAAAUGCUUGAAAAUGCUGAGCGGGAUCGGUUGGGGAAUUCUCAACAGCCGGAGAAGCCUCUUAUACGACUACGGGUGGACUACAGUGGAGGCUUUGAACCUUUCAACGUUCUUCGUUUUAGCCAGAAGUUUGUGGACCGGGUCGCUAACCCAAAAGAUAUCAUCCACUUUUUCAGGCACAGGGAACAAAAAGAAAAGACGGGAGAAGAGAUCAACUUCGGGAAGCUCAUUCCAAAACCUGCUUCAGAAGGAAUGACACUCAGAGUAGAAGACCUUGUAAAGCAGUAUUUCCAGACUGCAGAGAAGAAUAUUCAGCUCUCACUGCUGACAGAAAGAGGGAUGGGUGAAGCUGUUCAAGAAUUUGUGGACAAGGAAGAGAAAGAUGCCAUCGAGGAAUUAGUGAAGUACCAGCUGGAGAAAACACAGCGGUUUCUUAAGGAGCGCCAUAUCGAUGUCCUGGAGGACAAAAUUGAUGAAGAGGUCCGACGUUUCAGAGAAAGCAGACAGAGAAAUAUCAACGAAGAAGAUGAUGAAGUUCGAGAGGCCAUGAGCAGGGCCCGCGCGCUCAGAUCGCAGUCAGAGAGCUCUGCCUCAGCCUUUAGUCCUGACGACCCAAGUUUUGACUUAACGGAACAGACAGCAGAUGACUCUGAUGACAGCCUGUCUGCAGUGCCUAGCAGAGGCCGAGGCCGAGGGCGAGGGCGAAGAGGAAGCAGAGGGCAGAGCACUGCACCCAGAGGAGGUUCUCAGAGAGGCCGAGGUCAGCGUUCGUCUUUGUCUUUCAACACUUCAGACUUGCAAGACACUGGAUUGGAGAGGGCUACUCGAGGCAGAAGCUCCAAAGCCACUGCACCAACAUCUAGAAAUAUGUCCAUUCUAGACGCUUUCAGGUCUACCCGACAGCAGCCUUCCAGAAACGUUGCCACUAAGAAUUACUCAGAGACCAUUGAGGUGGAUGAAUCUGAUGAAGAUGACAUUUUUCCUACCAGUUCCAAGUCUGAUCAAAGGUGGUCAGGCACAGCAUCUAGCAAACGGAUGUCCCAGAGCCAGACAGCCAAAGGGGUGGACUUUGAAUCAGAUGAGGAUGAUGACGACGACCCUUUCAUGAGCAGUUCUCUAAGAAGAAACCAAAGAUAAUGUUUUUAACGGAACUUUGAAAUUUGCACAAUACAGGAAGAAAUCAGAGCCCCGCAUGCUGACUUUACAGCUGAAGAUGUUAAUGGUGCCGCUAAGGAGCCUGAAACAUCUGCUGACCAAGACCAUAGUGUGUAGGGUUUAUAUUUUGAAGUGUUGAUUCCUGAGCAUGUCCUAGCCCAGUGGUAAGGAGAUGGCUGCUUCCCUUAGUCUUCAGCCUGCUUGCGGUCUAUAUCUAGGGAUGCUCUGCCGUAUGUUGAUUUCCUGGUGUAACUGUGUGCUUCUGGCUUGUAAGAGCUUUGCUAAAUGCCAUUCUUGAAUGAAGAUUAGAGAAAACCCUUCCGUUAUUCAUUUCUGCUUCAUGAUCAGAGACUGUCAGCCUCCCGUGCUACAGCAGCAAAGUUGACAGACUGGGUGCUUCAUGUUGCUGUCUUUUCCUGGAUCUCCAGAAGCAAGCCCUUCUGCAGAGCAGCCUGAGCUCCCUGUUUGUCACCAACUGUGAAUUUCAGUGCUUGCCAGAGGAUCAUGCACUAAGACUGAGGGACUAGAAGACCUUAUAUUUCAAUAACUAGUAUAAGGGUUUUGUUAAGUUUAUUUUUUGUUGUUUUGCUUUUGUUUUUUUAUUCACAUUGUAGCAAAGAUUUGAGUUCUAAGUUCUCUCUAUAUCAUUAAUGACACUCUUUCUCAUUUAUACUCAUCAGGGGGAGAAAGGGUAAAUAGAAAUUUUCUGUCUUCCUAAAAAUAUUGACAAGGACUUUUUUUUUAGGCAAAGCCCCAGCUGACCGCGUGGUUAGUUCAGGCUGACACACUGACAAAGAGCUUCUGCCCAGUGUUGAUGCCGGGCUUUCUUACCAGCAGCACUUUAUCAUGGGUUUGGUUGCUGCAAACAUCUCUGGAUGAUCCUGAAACUGAUGGAGACAGCAGGUUUAUAUUUUCUUAAUUGUUUUAGGAAGGAAAUAAAAAUGUUACCCUUUCAGAGUUGAGUUAAAUAAUCUCAUUCCCUCUUCCCCACCCUAAAAACCUCUGCUGGUCCUUUUAAUUUUAAAAGGCAAGUGUGUUCAAACACUCCUUGAGAAAAUCUGGAUCCUACUAAGACACCAGUGUGGUGCUUUCAUAGGCAGACACCAGUUGCUUUAGCUAAGCAAUGUUCAUGACCAUCAAAUUAAUGUUGUCUGCAACUGGCCAAGCAUGGGGGCCCAGCACCUGACAGCAGUGCCUCUACCACAGUGUCCAGCACUGGCGAACUGCUCAGAGCGUGCUCUCUAACUGACAGAGCCAGGACUGUUCAAGGAGCACGAGAGCAGAAGGUCUGGUCCUGUGAGCUACCCUCAGGCAGUUCUCCCAACAGCUGCAUCACAUUCAUGGGGAAGCAUUCCCAGGAUUUGCUUGGAAAGGAGAUGACAUGUGGGCCUCUGUAGGGUGGAGGCUAGUGGGGAGGUUGUGGGCAGCAUUAGCUGGUGCUCUGUGUGCCAGGGAAGUGCUCCUAGUUGAGUGACAGUGAGGACUUGUCACCACACUCCCUGACAGGCUUCUGGGAAGCUUAAUGAGGCUUUUCCUCCAUUAAAAACUUUGGCUGGGGUAUAGAAUGAUGCUGAAAGCUGCAAGGGGAAGUGAGUCCCUGGCAGGUGGGAGUAUGGAAAUCUUUCAUUCUACUAGCAUUAUGGUAAGUAAGGAAGGGAAAUGCUCUUUAUUGAAAGUCAUUGUGUAAUGAGCUAUACCACAAAGCCCUGAGCUUAUUUAAAGGAGCAAAAUCUAGCAUUGGCUCUUUGUUAACAGUUUUCAGGCCUGUGGGUGUCAGCUAGAUGGAGUCUUCUGACCUGGACCAACAAGUUGUUCUUCAGUGACAGCUUUCUGAGAGGGAGUGCCAGGAGUUCAGAAAAUAAAGAAGAUAGAGUUGGGGUUAGGAAGUCUUGCAAGGAUGUGUCUUUAUGUCGAGCAAGUUUAUUAAGAAGUACAACAUCUUAUAUACAGUUUGUUAGGGGGAAAUGGGACAAGGUCAGUGGAAAACUAUCAUACAGUGGGAUGAAGUCAGCAAGAAGCAGGUCAAGCCGUGUUGCCCAAGGGAAACACAGGCUAUCUCAAGUGCAUCAUAGACGGAGCAUGCAGCAGCUUUGGACCUGAUAACUACAGUCUCUUCAGAGGGAAAAGGUACAUUCGCAGGACCAAAACCAAAUCCUUCAAGACUCUGGCUCCAGCCCCAGCCCAGACCUUGCCAAGUCUGCCCCUGGGUGACAACAUAGAACUGGGCUCUCUUUGUUCUUUCAUGGGGCCUUCUUGUGAAUGCCUCAGAUCAGCCUGCCUCCCAACAGACUUCCAGAUAAUUAUGAGCACCCCCAUUUGCUCUUGGAGGAUAUGAUAGAUCCACGAUGAAUGAGGACCUUUGACCUUUAUGCCUACCAAAGAAUCCACCUCGUCCGAGCAGUGUUUCAUAUGAGUUUAUAUGGGGCGUGCACUGUACCUCUCUAGCUGCUUGCAAGUCAAGCCUCUAAACAGGCAGUUUAAUUCAGGAACAUAUAAAACUUAUUUUUAUAAACUUUUAAAAUUGCCGGUGACCGUAGUUAUAAAAAAGCCAUGCCUUAAACUAUGACGUGAACACUCUAGAGAUGCUGCUGCCAGGAGCCAGUGGGAGGUGCUGGCCGCUGGGAAGCAGAGUGGCUGCAAUUCGGAGCACUCUGGCUGCAGUGUUUUGCAGUGAUUGAGAAUCUAUUCAGCAAAGCUCUGAGUAUCCUUGAUCUGGUGUGCAGGAUGCAUAUUUCACCUGUUUGGCACCCAUUCAUAGAAUGGCCCAUUUGAUAAGCCUUAGAAGUAAAGGCUUGAGAACAAUCUACAGUUGAUGCCUUCAUAAAGAAAGAAACAAAUCUUCACUAGAAAAUUAAGUUAAAAGUGGUUUCCUGGCAUGAAAAAAUUUUUAAUGUGUUUAUAAGCAAUAUUUCCCUCAAACUGAGCUGAUGUCUUUUUUUGUAUCUGUUAGACAUUUACUUCCAAGUAGUAUUUUGAGACUUUUAAGAGCUGACAUUAAGAUAUUACA